CACUCUUAAAGCAAUCUUUACCAACUUUUGACUCAACUUUCUACGCGUUAGUUUUCAACAGUUGCUCCUGCUCAGUAUAGAUAAACAAUAGUAGUUUAAGGAAUAUAAAUUGGCCGAUAUCAGUAUGAAGUUUUCAAGUCGUCUAUGAAGGAAAAAAUGAGAGCUGUUACAGUAUUUCUUAUAGGGUUUGUUACUAUUAUUGCUACUGGGAUUACUUUUUGUGUGGGAAAUUCCAGGGUGCUUUGCAUUGAGAGUGAGAGACAAGCCCUGUUAAAGUUCAAGCAAGAUAUCAUUGAUCGUUCAAACAGGCUAUCUUCUUGGGGUGAUGGUGGGGAUUGCUGUAACUGGGUUGGAGUUUCCUGCAACAACUUCACAGGUCAUGUCUACAAGUUGGACUUGAGGCCUCCUUCAAGUCCAGAUUAUGCAUCAUCAGAUGCUGAAAUUGGAGUUUAUUGGCGCUCAAUGCUAAGGGGAAAAAUAAAUCCUUCUUUGCUCUUAUUGAAGCAACUGAGUCACCUAGACCUUAGUUAUAACAACUUCGGUGGCAUCCAGAUUCCACGAUUCCUUGGUUCAAUGGAGAGUUUAACAUAUCUUGACCUCUCUGGAGCAAAAUUUGGAGGAACCCUUCCACAUCAACUUGGAAAUCUCUCAAAGCUGGAGCAUCUUAACCUUGGAGAUAAUAGUAUUAACCGGUUGGUUGAAGCUAGAAAUCUUCAAUGGCUUUCUGGUCUCUCUUCCUUGAAGUAUCUUGAUUUGAGUGGAGCGGACCUCAGCAAAGCAACUGAUUGGCUGCAGGUAACCAACAAACUACCUUCGUUGAUAGAGUUACGUUUGUCAACUUGCUUUCUUGAUAAUGAUCCUUCACCAAUCAAUGUUAACUAUACAUCUCUUUCCAUUCUUGAUCUUUCAAACAACUACAUAUCCCCUUCGGUACCCAUGUGGAUUUUCAGUCUUCAUAAACUUGUUUCCCUAGAUCUGAGUGGAAAUGUCUUUGAAGGUCUUAUUCCCAAUAGUUUUCAAAACAUGUCAUCUCUCAGAUUUCUUGAUCUUUCCGGAAACUCAUUCAAAUCAUCAAUACCUGGUUGGUUGUAUAGUUUGAACCAUCUUGAAUUUCUCAGUCUUAGAGGUAACUUCCUACAAGGCAGAAUCUCGAGUGCCAUUGGAAACUUGAGUUCCAUUGUUAGCCUUGAUUUGUCAGGAAAUCAGCUUGAAGGAGCAGUACCAACCUCUUUGGAAAAUCUUUUCAAUUUGAGGCAACUUGAUUUGUCAAAUAACAAAAUUGAUCAGGAGAUAUCAGAAAUUCUACAGAGCUUGUCUAGAUGCUGCUCAGAUGACUUGAAGUCAUUAAAUAUGGCAACUAACAAUCUCUCAGGCCAUUUAACUGAUCAACUAGGACUAUUCAAAAGUCUAUCUUACCUGUCUCUUUAUCAAAAUUCCAUUUCUGGUCUCAUUCCAAUCUCCAUAGGAAACCUGUCAUCUUUAAAAUAUUUUGAUGUGUCAGAAAAUCAAUUGGAUGGUAAUCUUCCUCAAAGUCUUGAACAACCCAUGAACCUGGAGUAUAUGAACAUUGCUUAUAAUCAGUUGGAAGGUACUGUAUCAGAAUUGCUCUUUUCUAGUCUCACGAGAUUGAGAGUUUUAAGGGCAUCUCAAAACAAGUUGAAAUUUGAAGCAAACUCAAACUGGAUUCCUCCUUUUCAAUGUCGAACCAUUGAAAUGGGUUACUGGCUUCUUGGCCCAAAAUUUCCAACAUGGCUUCAAUUUCAGAAGGACUUGUCUACAUUAGACAUAUCCAGUGCCGGAAUUUCAGAUGUUGUUCCCUCUUGGUUUUGGAACUUUACUUCUAAAAUGGUGUCUCUGAAUAUUUCUCAUAAUGGACUUGAAGGGGAGAUCCUAUUUUUGCCAGUGCAUAAAUUGGUUGAUUUGAGAUCCAACCGGUUCACAGGUCCAUUGCCAGGAGUGCUCCCUGAUGUGGCGACAUUGUUUUUCACUAACAAUUCGUUUUCGGGGUCUCUUUCACAUUUUUUAUGUGACUACAAAUUAGGUAAACCAAAAUUAUUUCUUCUUCAACUUGAAACAAAUCUUCUGUCAGGAGAAAUUCCAGAUUGUUGGUUGAAGUGGCGGGGCAUCCGGGUUCUAAAUAUGGGAAACAAUAAUCUGACUGGGAAGAUUCCGGACUCUUUGGGAUCCUUGGGUUUUAUGUUUCUAAAUCUUAGAAACAAUAAGCUGUCCGGGGAGCUACCAUUGACCUUGCAAAAUAAUAGAGACUUGUUUAUGCUUGAUGUUGGUGAAAACCAAUUCGGCGGAAGCAUCCCAAAAUGGAUUGGUGAAAGUCUCCCAAAUCUUGUGAUUCUAAGUUUGCGUUCAAACUCUUUUGAUGGCCAUAUCCCUGAGGAACUUUGUCAGCUCAGUUCCCUUCAAAUCUUAGACCUUGGGGAUAACAAAAUCUCAGGUGCCAUACCAAAAUGCUUUAAGAAUCUAACUGCCAUGGUCACAAAACCAUAUGAUACUGAUGCUGUCAUUGAUUAUUUCGUGGAUGGGGAAUUCAUAAGGAGUGAAUUAUUGGUGAUGAAAGGAAGAGUGGACGAAUACACCACCACACUAUCACUUGUUACCACCAUGGAUCUGUCAUACAACAAUUUCAUUGGAGACAUCCCCAAAGAGCUAGCCAGUCUUGAAGGGUUGCAAUCGUUAAACUUAUCAGGAAAUUCCUUGAAAGGAAAGAUCCCUGAGCACAUUGGCAACAUGAGGCUAUUAGAAUCUCUUGAUUUCUCCAGGAACCAUUUACAUGGUUCAAUCCCUGUCAGCUUCUCCAACUUAAAUUUCUUGAGUCAUUUGAACUUAUCUUACAACAAUUUGACAGGAAGAAUACCAUCAAGCACACAACUCCAAAGUUUUGACAAGUUCUCUUACAUUGGCAAUCACCUAUGUGGCCCCCCCGUCACUGAAGACUGCAGCACAAAAGUUGUAACACCUCCUAAUGCUACAAUUGAAGGCAGUCAUGAUGAAGAAAGUGAGGGGUGGUUUGAAAAGUAUGGGAUUUAUGUAAGUGUGGUGAUUGGAUUUGUGGUGGGGUUUUGGGGGGUGGUAGCUCCUUUGUAUUUGAUCAAAUCUUGGGGAUUGGCUUACUACGAAAAGGUGGAAAGCAUUCGUCGCAAUUUUUCUGCGUUUAGAGAUAGAAUUUGAGAAAUACACGGGGAGUACGACUUUUAGGCCCCAUCAUCCAUUCGAAUCCCAUGACCUUUUGAAGGAAGUGCUCUAAGACUCCUGUGAGUCAAUACGUAGAAUGGGAGCCCAACAACUAGUUUUGGGCUUCUUUGUUGUAACAAAGUAAUGUGUUUUUACGAGGCUGGAGCGGAAUCUGCUUCAUCCUUUUAUCUUUUACUCAGUUUUCUUUUUCGUUCUUUGCACUUUUGUUCACUAAUAAUAAUCAUCAAGUUCUAUUGUUCAAUUAAAGAGUUUUAUAUGAUUCCUUAUAGUAUUCAAUUCGACAGAGGUAUUUAAUGCUAUAAUUGAUCGUC